AUGGCCGAGGGAUUAGAGAAGUUUGCUGAAGUUCCAGUUGAGUUCUUCAAGGAGGGUUCUACCUUCGUCAAGAAAUGUCAGAAGCCAACCAGAAAGGGUAUGUAUCUUCUUUAG